AUGGGCGCAUUAACCCCCUCCCAAGUCCGCACCAUCAAAGCCACGGUCCCCGUCCUCGCCGAACACGGCAAUGCCAUAACAACAAAGUUCUACCAUGACAUGCUAGAAGCGCAUCCAGAACUCAAAAACGUCUUCAACAACACCCACCAAGCAACCGGUCACCAAGCCCAAGCCCUCGCUGGCUCCCUCUACGCCUAUGCCGCCAACAUCGACGACCUAGGAAAGCUGAGUCCAGCCGUCGAGCUAAUAUGCCACAAGCACGCCAGUUUAUUCGUCCGACCAAAUCAGUACGACAUCGUUGGCAAGCACUUGCUAGAGACGAUGAGCACGAUACUGGGUGAAGCUGCGACGCCUGAUAUCCUAGACGCAUGGGGCGCGGCGUACUGGCAAUUAGCCAACAUCAUGAUUGGCAAGGAGGACCAAAUGUACAAAGACACCAGCUAUUGGCCUGACUGGAAAGACUUCACCAUUGCCAAGAAAGAGAAGGAGAGUGAGGAGAUCACGUCGUUUUAUCUUGAGCCCGUAGAUGCAGAGUUCAAGUUACCGGUUUACAAACCGGGGCAGUAUAUCUCGGUUAAUGUGUUUGUCGAGGAACUGGAUGGGGGUGUGUGGCAGGCGCGACAGUACAGUUUGAGCGAUGCGCCGGGCAAGAAGUAUUUGAGGAUCAGUGUGAAGAAGGAGCCUGGGAUUGAGGUGGGAGAGAAGAGGCAUAUGACACAUGCGGGUUAUAUUUCGAAUCUGCUGCACGACGUGAAGAACGAGGGGGAUGUGGUGAAGGUGUCACAUCCAUUUGGAGAUUUCUUCUUCGAUGCGGAGGAAGUUGAUGCGGACGCUCCUGUUGUGCUCAUCUCAGCAGGCGUCGGUUUAACUGCUCUAACCUCCAUCUUCAACUCGCUCACGAGCGAGAAAUCGAACCGCCCGAUAACUUGGAUUCAAGGUGCGCGUAACUCGCAAACGCGCGCGUUCAAAAGCUACUUCGACCAAUGCGCUGCCGCAAACGAGAACGUGCAUGCCGUGUUUUACUCGUCGAAUCCGCUACCAGAAGAAGUUCAGGGCGAAGACUACACUAUCAAAGGUCGCGUGGAUCUGGACAAGAUUGACAGGCAACACCUGCAUGCGGACAACGGCAAGACAGUGUACUACUGUUGUGGACCCACACAAUUCAUGCUCGACGUUGAGGCCAAGUUGAGGAGCUAUGGCGUACCGAGUCAACGGGUGAAGAUGGAGUUGUUCGGUACCGGUGGAGUACCGAGGGUCUAG